AUGAAUUCAGACGGCAUCUAUGCCCGCCCGGGCAAAGGUGACGGCAAUGGAAGUGAUCCUGAGAAGGCCAGCAUUCGACAUAAUCAAUACGAGAAUGUUGAGAUCCGAGGUUUGGAGACCAACCCCGAGACUAUGCUUCACAAGGGCCUCAAGGCUCGUCAUAUUACUAUGAUUGCCAUUGGUGGUGCUCUUGGAACUGGUCUCAUUGUUGGAACUGGCAAGGCUCUUGCUCAAGCUGGACCCGGAUCUCUCUUUAUUUCCUAUACAUUUGUCGGUAUGCUCGUAUUCAUGGUUAUGGCUGGUCUUGGUGAAAUGGCUGCUUGGUUGCCAUUGAGUGCUGGUUUCACUGGUUACGCUACUCGUUACUGCCAUCCUUCUCUUGGAUUUGCUCUUGGAUGGUCAUACUGGAUGAAGUAUAUUAUUGUUACACCAAACCAGCUUACCGCCGCGUCUCUCGUCAUUUCAUUCUGGGUACCUCGCGAAAAGGUCAACCCAGGUGUCUUUGUUGCCAUCUUCCUCGUCUUGAUUGUAUGUAUCAACUACUUUGGAGGCAUCAAGUUCUUCGGCGAGUUUGAAUUUUGGCUGUCCUCGUUCAAGGUUAUUGUCGUGGUUGGAAUCAUUCUCUUCGCCCUCAUUAUUGCUUGUGGUGGUGGCCCGAACAAGGAUGCUACUGGCUUCAGAUACUGGAACGACCCUGGUGCUUUUGCCCAGCUAUACAAAUCCGGUCCUCAUGGCGCCCUAGGAAAGUUCAUGGGAUUCUGGUCCGUCAUGGUUAACGCUACCUUUGCGUAUCUCGGUACCGAGCUUGUUGGUGUAACUGCCGCCGAGGCCCAGAACCCCCGCCGAUCUAUCCCCAAGGCUAUCAAGCUUACCUUUUAUCGUAUCUUGUUCUUCUACUGCCUUAGCGUCCUCCUCGUCGGCAUGAUCGUCCCUUACAACCACCCGAAGCUGGCAUUUGCCAACAAGCAGACGACUGGUGCUAGCGCCAGUCCUUUCGUUGUCGCUGCCACCAUCGCUGGUGUUUCAGGCUUGCCACAUAUCAUCAACGCCUGUAUCUGUGUCUUCGUCUUCUCCGCCGCCAACUCCGAUCUUUACAUUGCUAGCCGAACCCUCUACGGUCUUGCCAGUGACCGCGCCGCUCCUGCCAUUUUCCGUCGCACCGACAGCCGUGGUGUCCCAGUACCUGCCCUUGCCGUGGGAACUGGAUUUGCUUGCUUGGCUUUCAUGGUUGUGUCUGAUGACUCCAAGAAAGUUUUUGGAUACUUUGUCAACUUGACAACCAUCUUUGGUCUUUUGUCUUGGAUCUCCCUUUUGGUCACUUACAUCUACUUCCUCAAGGCUCGCCGCGCACAAAACAUCCCCGACAGCGUCAUGCCCUAUGUCGCUCCCCAGGGUCUUAUCGGAACUUAUAUUGCGCUCUUCUUCUGUAUCCUUAUUCUUCUCACCAAGAACUUUGAUGUCUUUGUCCAUCACGACGGCAUUACAUUCGACUACCAGAAUUUCAUCACUGGUUACCUGGGUGUUCCCUUGUACUUGAUUCUGCUCUUUGGCCACAUGAUUGUCACCAAGAGCCGUGGGGUCAAGGCACACGAAGCCGAUUUCUAUGCCGGAAAGGACAUCGUCGAUCAAGAGGAGAACGACUUCCUGGAGCUCCAGAAGGAGAAGGCUGCUACCAGCCGUGGAUGGGCCAAGUUCUACAACCGCUAUGUCUCAUGGCUGUUCUAA